AUGUCGUCAACAGCCUGCAAACCGGCCCCCAAGGCCUCCUUCCUCACCAUCCCUCCCGAAAUCCGUCUCAAGAUCUACGACUACCUCCUCGUUCUGUCUGACCCCCCUCUCCCGCACGAGCAGACGGUUUCCUACCGAUGCGCAUUUCCCUUGUCACCACCACCAACACCAAUCCAUAGCAGCAGCAGCAGUGAUGAUGAAUGCUCCUCCUCUAAGAAAAUCAAAUCCUCACACUCCCCUUCCCGAUGGACCAACCCACGACAAAUCCACAUCUCCAUCCUGCGCGUCUGCCGCCUAAUUAACCACGAGGCCACUCCCCUACUCUACACCAAGAACCUCUUCACCCCUCACCCUGUGCACCUGACCAUGGCGCCCUCGCUGUACGAAGGACCCGACUGGUUCCAUCUGGCGCGGGUGUACCAUUCCACGUCCAGCGUGCCGAGGCCGAUCCCGCAAAAGUGGCUACGCCACAUCCGGCGCUGGUACCUCCGGCUGCAGCUGGACGCGCCGCCACAGUGGAAGCCGGACCAGGUGUCGCGGGCGCUGAGCGGGGCGGAGGAGAUCACAGUCGAGUUGUUCCGGGCAGGGUACUGGUGCAGCGGGCGGACGAGGUUGUUUGAUCAGAGUAACAAUGAUAAUGAUGCUCUAUCUAUUACUAGUAAUAAUGGUAAUAAUGCCGAUUCCAACAGCGCAGGUCUCAUCCACAAGUGGUUCCCAAAUCUGGAAGGCGGCUAUCCUGAUGGUCUGGAGAUCGCGUUUGAGAUUAAUAUGGAGGAUGAGGAAGAUCCGGAUUGGAUAGCGAAAGAUUAUAGUAUCCGGGUGCUGUGGCAGCUCUCGGAAAUCCGCGGGGUUAAGAACGUGCGGUUUGUGGGCUUGAUCAACGACCCGAGGAAGAUCGUCAGCAAGAAGUUUUUGGACUUUCUCAAGGGGAAGAUGAUGUCAUCUCAUAUGACAGAUGAGUGCGGACGUGAUGCUAUGCACUGGUAA